AUGGGCGAGAAGAUCAGAUCAGAAAAGUUCAGCGUCGGUGGCCACGACUGGCGUGUUGAGUGCUAUCCAAACGGCUACCCCGGAUAUGACGGCUUCAUCUCUCUCUACGUCAACCACGCCAGCCACGCCAAGACCGGUGACACUACGGCCAAGUUCGGGUUCAGUAUACUCGACCGGUCCUGCUGGAAGCCAUCGUGCACUAAGUUCACAGAUGAACCUCAUGGUUUCACUAGCACUGAUAUCUCAUGGGGAUGGGGAGAAUUCAUUAAACACGAGGAUCUGGACAAGGGAAAACAUCUCAAGGACGACUGCCUCAGCAUUCUCUGCGACGUCAGCGUCACCGGGCUAUGCGCCGACGAUCACACCGAGGUUGCCGAGCAGGAACCGGAACCGGCACUCCCUGUGCCAGCGUCGCCGCCUUUCGACUUGCAUGGGCCAAUUGGAGAAGCUACGUGGAAUAGGCAAAAACCGGACUUGAAGAUCGAGGCCGGUGGGGAGACGUUCGCCGUGCAUCGGUGGGUGCUCGAGGCCCGGUCGCCCGUCUUCAAGGCAGAUCUCUCCCUUGCCUCGGCGGACGGCGAGGCUGCCGCUGAACUACGCAUCGACAACAUGAAUGCCGACGUGUGCAAGGCUCUGCUCCGGUUCAUCUACGACGAGAUACCGGGUACGGACUUCCUGGAGACCGACGGAAUGGCCAAGAGGCUGCUAAUUGCGGCGGACAGGUAUAAGCUGGAGAAGCUGAAGCGGAUCUGCGAGAUGGCGCUGCUACCGAGCAUCCGCACAAGCUCCGUGGCUGCCACCCUCGUGUUGGCGGAGCAGCAUCGUUGCUCCGAUCUGAAGAGCGCAUGCAUCAAGUUCCUCUCUUCUCCCGGCAACCUUAAGAAAGCUCUCGCGGAGCAGCAUCAUGGCCCCGUGCUGAGGAAGGCAUGCUUGCGGUUCCUCUCUUCCCGUGACAACAUUGUAGCACUCGCGGAGGCGGAUGGUUUUCCGAGAAGAUGA